GGUGAUGUUGGCCAGAGCUUACCUACAAAAGGACCAGAAAGAUAUGGCUAUAACAGUAUUACAGGGUGUGCUGAGAGAGGAUGAGAAAAAUGUGGAUGCCCUGGCAGAGUUCGCUCCCCUUGUCUUCCCGUAUGCCCAGCCCAGUCAGAAGGAGAAUACCCUGUCUGUGAUCCUCACUCUUCUGUCCAAUAACAAAGAUAGUAGCUACGUAAAGGAGAAGUUUGCAUCCAUGUGUCAAUCCGAGCAUGGCCUUGAGGUCCUGAAGAGUGUGUCUGGACGUGCCUGGGAAGACAUCUCGGCAGUGGUGUUCAUGGCGACCUCCCUGCGAGACUGUGGAGCCAUAAAGGAGUCAUUGAAGUUGCUGGAUCAUGCCUACAGAUUGGAGCCCAGUAACGCACACACACUGUUAACCUACGUACACACCAUGGAGAGUGAAAGAUAUUAG